AUGCCUUUGGAAGUGAACAACUGUUGCUUUUUUGUGGGGCUGAGGACGGGAUCCCUAAUCAUUGGAUAUCUGAAUUUCAUCUGGAAUGUUUUGGUCAUAGGGACAUUGAUUGCGGCAAUGGUCACUGCUGCACAAAUAGCGGCUGAUACGUCAGACAAAGACACGAAGAUGGCAGCGGAACUAACUCUUGCCCUUCUAGGAAUCGCCUUAAUAUUUGUCAUUGUAAACCUUUUGGUCACCUGCCUGCUGCUUGUUGGCAUACACAAGCACAAGCGUGGAUAUAUUAAGGCUUACCUGAUCUACACGUGCAUUUUCAUCAUAUUUGCCAUUGUUGAUUUCAUCGCGAGUAUUGCAAAAGGUGCACCGGCCAGUAAUAUUGUGCAAAAUCUGUUUAGCUUGUUGUUCAGCAUCUACUAUUUGGUGGUCAUCAGAAGUUAUUACAUGAAGAUGGAUUACACAGCUCCCGUGGGUGGAGAGUAA